UUCUUCCGUUUCCAUCACUCGAACUCGCGACUACCAGAUGUUGUCCCUUCCUCUUCCUCGCCACGCCGAAGCCCCCAACCCCAAGCUCCCGACCACCUCCGCCUGCCUCCUCCGCCCGCGCGGCCGUCUCCUGCUCGGGUCCAGCAGAUGCAGAGCUGCCACGAAGUAUCAGUCGGCUGAGUCCCCGGAUGCUUCGAGCCUGCGCCUCGCCUCCGUGGCCGCUCCCUCCCCGCCCGCCUCUGUCCGACCCCCAGACGGCGGCGGCCUCCUCCUCCUCCUCUCCGUCGCUGCUUCCGCGGUUGCAAUAUCUGCCAGCUUCAUAUUCUUUUCGGCGAUUCCCUCCAUGUUGGACUGUAAGAGGGCAGCAGAGUCUCUUGAAAAGUCAUUUGACCUCACAAGAGAGAAGCUUCCUGAAAGUAUGGCUUCAGUGAGACUAGUUGCAAAAGAGAUCGGUGCCUUGAGUGUUGAUCUCAGUGACCUAAGUCAAGAAUUGACGAAGGUUGUGAGGAGUUCCUUGAGCAUUGUUCAUACAGCUGACGCUCAACUUCGCCAGCUGGCAACCUCAGCCCAACAAGGAACCGCUCAGGGGGUGGCUAACCGGAACAAAGCAGUAGGUGAGCCAUUGGUGGCUACUACUGUGAGAGAAGUCCGUGAGUUGAUUGCGGACAUCCAGUCAGGAUUUGGAGCAGCCUCUGGCAUCACCAGCCUUUUCAUGUGGGCAUCAAAAGUUUGGUCAAAGCGCCCUACGAAUAACUCACAGUGAGAUAACACGAUGUCUCUGAAUUUAUCUCGUUACUGAUGCUAUGAGCAUAUGGUCUAACCAGGCAGGACAUAACUUAGUCUCCCGCACGGCUAUCGGCCACCACUCGUGAGGUCUAAGAGAAGGAGAUCGCAGUUAGUGUGUCCUAAACUGGGUGAACUGAAUUAUGUGUGCUCAUCUGUUGUUGCAUCAUCUUUGUUGAUACUGAAUAGUUUGAUAUUUCUGCUUGAAAUCUUUGAAUAACAGGUAAUUUUUCAGUUUAA